GCGGUGCGCGUGCGCGGGGGGCCUUACGCGCUCUGCGGCGCGGUCCGCGGUGGAGACGGCCGGCCGGAGCCGAGACGGGGUGGUGGAUGGCUCUGCGGGGCCCGGCGGUCUUCGGACCCGGCUCCCGGGGGUCGCUGGACGAGGCGGGGGCCGAGGGCCGCGAGGCGGAGGUCCUCGCGGCGGCGGGAGCGGCGCUGGAGGACGACGAGGAGGAGGAGGGCCGCCGGGGCCUGCUGCGCUGGGACGGCUUCUCAGCCUGGCUGCACUGCGUGUGUGUGGUGGGCUUCGACCUGGAGCUGGGCCAGGCGGUGGAGGUAAUUUAUCCACAACAUUCCAAACUUACUGAUAAAGAAAAAACCAAUAUUUGCUAUUUGUCUUUUCCAGACUCAAAUUCAGGUUGUCUUGGAGAUACCCAGUUUUGUUUUAGAUUCCGACAGUCUUCUGGGAGGAGGGUGUCACUGCAUUGUCUUCUCGAUCAAUUUGACAAAGAUUUACCCGUUUACUUAAAGAAAGAUCCUGCAUAUUUUUAUGGAUAUGUGUAUUUUCGACAAGUUCGAGAUAAAACUCUUAAAAGAGGCUACUUUCAGAAGUCAUUGGUUUUGAUCAGCAAACUACCUUAUAUUCACUUUUUUCACACCGUACUCAAACAGAUAGCACCAGAGUAUUUUGAAAAGAAUGAACCUUAUUUGGAAGCAGCUUGUAAUGAUGUUGACCGGUGGCCUGCCCCAGUGCCAGGGAAAACAUUGCAUCUGCCUAUCAUGGGGGUGUUAAUGAAGGUACGAAUUCCCACGUGUCAUGACAAGCCUGGGACCACUCAGAUGGUGCAGUUAACUCAGCAGGCAGACACACACACAUCUGUUAUUUUACCUACUGUUCAUGAGGUGGAUCUUUUCAGGUGUUUCUGCCCAGUUUUCCUUCAUAGUCAGAUGCUAUGGGAGUUGGUGCUGUUGGGAGAACCCCUUGUGGUUAUGGCGCCGUCACCAUCAGAGUCUUCAGAAACUGUACUGGCCCUUGUUAACUGUAUUUCUCCAUUAAAGUACUUUAGCGAUUUCCGACCUUACUUCACGAUUCAUGAUAGUGAAUUCAAAGAAUAUACCACCCGUACUCAAGCUCCGCCCUCAGUCAUCUUAGGAGUAACUAACCCCUUUUUUGCUAAAACACUACAGCACUGGCCACACAUUAUUCGAAUAGGAGAUCUUAAACCUGCAGGUGAAAUUCCUAAGCAAGUUAAAGUAAAAAAAUUGAAGAACCUAAAAACUUUGGAUUCUAAACCUGGAGUUUAUACUUCUUACAAGCCAUAUCUAAACAGAGAUGAUGAAAUCAUAAAGCAACUCCAGAAGGGUGUACAGCAGAAACGUCCUUCUGAGGCUCAAAGUGUUAUUCUCCGACGCUAUUUUUUGGAACUGACACAAAGUUUCAUCAUUCCAUUAGAAAGAUACGUGGCAAGCUUAAUGCCUUUGCAGAAAAGUAUUUCUCCGUGGAAGAGUCCACCCCAGUUAAGACAGUUCCUUCCAGAAGAAUUUAUGAAAACACUUGAGAAAACGGGACCUCAGCUCACAUCUGGAAUAAAGGGCGAUUGGAUUGGACUUUAUCGGCACUUUCUGAAGUCCCCAAAUUUUGAUGGCUGGUUCAAGACCCGGCGGAAAGAAAUGACCCAAAAAUUGGAGGCACUUCAUCUAGAAGCUCUUUGUGAAGAGGACCUCCUUCUCUGGAUCCAGAAACACACAGAAGUAGAAACAGUAGACCUUGUGUUGAAGCUGAAAAAUAAGUUGUUGCAGGCUGACCGAGAGAAUUUACCUGUGAAACCUGACACUGUGGCGAAGUUACGGACACAUAUAGAUGCAAUUAUCUUAGCAUUGCCAGAGGACCUGCAAGGCAUCCUGCUAAAGACCGGCAUGACAUGAUACAAGGUUUUCCUGCCAGAAAGGACUGUGCACCAUGAAGCGAACUGACAUUUCAUCCAGACGCACACAGGGGCUGUCUGAGCAGCAGUGCGUGGAGAAGAGCAGCAGUUGCUGGAUAAGGUGGAGACAUGUUAGUGCAUUCUGUGGAGUUCCACAGUGCCCAAAUACCGAAAGGCAUUUCCAUGUUUUUAAUCAUGUUCUGAAGUGCUCUUAUGAGAGACCUGUGGGGCCAUCAGUAUAAGUGACUUCAAGCUGCAGUGCCGGCAUUGCAGGUAUUUUUUUUUUAAAUUGGUGCUGCUUUGCCCAAUCAUGUUGAAACUCAGGGGAAUAUAAAUAACGCUCACACUGGCUAUCCUCUUAAGAAGGAAAAACUGAAUUUUCCAACUAUGGUUAGUAAUAACUGAGGCUGACGUAGUGCCUUUCAUUGUCCUAUGUUUCACAGGGUCCAGCUGCUAAUUGUAAAGCUUUUCCUUUUUUAGUUAUGAUACACAACUUUAGGAGGCAUUAUGUCAAGUAUGACUUGCUGAAAAGUGUUUCUUGUUGCCCCUCAUGUUUAUUGAUGGGUUUUUAAAAAAGUAUCAUGUAGGUUUUCAUUUCACUGUUUUCCUUACCAUUUUCAAAAUGAAGUCUUAUGAAUUUUUCCAGAGGAAGGGGGCAUAUGUAGUUUGUUAUGGAACUUCCUCUUCCCUUUUACUGAUUGGGCCUGUAUAAAUUAAUUGGCUUGAAUGUCUUUUGAAGAUAUUCUCACUAUGAACAUCAUAGUCAGCUGUUUUUUUAAAAAAUAUUGAUAUGUCAAAAGUAUCAUAAGCCAUUCAUGUAAUAAUUACUUGAGAAUUUUAACUUUAAUUUUCAACAUUAUUUGUUGGGUGAUACUAGUUACCCUAAAUUAAUGAUUUUCAGAAUACUUUUUCUGCUGUUGUUUGAUAUGAGAACUUUUGUCUAAAUCAAUAUUAUAGUUUUGUCUGUCUGUUUUCGUUUAUACUACCUUGCCAAAAGUAGAAUAGUAUCAUUUGGUGUGUUAAGAUUGUUUGUUUGUGUUUAAAUGGGAGUGUCUGCAGAAGCCACUGUUCAAAUACGCACACAGGAAGUAGCACAUAUGUAAAUAUCUGUGUCUGAACAGCCAAAAUUAGGUGUAUGUGUUUGUCAAAGAAUGGCUUCAGGAGCCGUCGCGUGCUGUCUGUUGAUGUUAAAGGGCAUUGCCGUCGCGUGCUGUCUGUUGAUGUUAAAGGGCAUUCCUGGUCUAAGAACGGCUCCCUGUGUUUGUGACUGUGGCCUCAUAUCAAAGAGUGCCCGUCAGUCAUGGAUACAGUCUCUUGAAGCAUGCCUCUGUCACAAAAAGAGAAUGCAUUUGGACAAAAUCAUUUGUGUGGAUCAUAUAGGUUAUUUUGUGAAACAAUACUGACCUUUCAGAAAAAGGGCAACUACUUUUAUAUGCUAAAGUACUUCAUAACUUUCUGGGAAACUUUAUUUAGGUAGAAAUGGUCAUCUUAUUAUUUUUAAAAACAAUGUAUUUUAAUAAUUUCACAAUUUAUAUACAGUUUGUGACAUGAAUAUGAAAGUCAUUAGUGUUAUAUCAAGGAUCUUUUGAAAUAUACUUGUAUGAGAUAUAUCACUUGAAAUUUAUUCUUCACACCUAAAGAAUAACAUGAAAUGUCAAUUAGCAUGACAAUACUGUCUUUACAUUUACCACACAUAACCGAAACUUAACACAUGUUGAAAAUCAAAUCGUACUCAACUACUUUAUCUCCUAACUUCAAAUUAUGUACCCGCAACAAUAGCUUACGGUUGCAUUGGAAACCCAAGAAAGACUCAAUGGUAACUUAAUUUUUUAUGUGAUUUUCAGAAUUGUCUUUUUUUUGGGAGUUUAAUAUUCAAGCCCUGCCAUUUAAUAUGUUAUCUUCACCAGCAUAAGAAGGAAUCAGUGCUUUUAGAGUGUUACGUAAUGCCUAGUGCCUUCUAUUUAUAGUGAAGACAGGUUUUGUGGAGGCAUUUAUGGUCAUUACCAAAAGCUGAAUUAAAGCCUUGGAUUUUAAAACA